AAAAGCGGCAGAGCUAUUGAAGAAGUCAGGAUGAAGAUGAAGUUCCUAAUGCCAGAACUCGUUGCUGUUUUAUUAUUAGCUGGAACAAUACCUAGCUAUGCCCAACAGGAUAAUUACAUAACUACUGGGUUUGGGGCACCAGUUUCCUAUAAGGAUGCAUCCUUAACAAUUGGUCGUCGUGGCCCAUUACUACUGGAAGAUACAGAAUUUAUCGAUGAAAUGGCACACUUUAACCGAGAGCGAAUACCGGAAAGAGUAGUGCAUGCUAAAGGUGCAGGUGCAUUUGGUUACUUUGAGGUCACCAACGAUAUCACUCGGUACUGUGCAGCCUCUCUUUUUUCAACAGUUGGAAAAAGAACGAAAAUCGCGGUUCGGUUUUCCGUAGCUGGUGGUGAAAGAGGUUCGGCGGACACUCGACGAAGUUCACGUGGUUUUGCCAUCAAAUUUUACACAGAAGAAGGAAAUUGGGACCUUGUAGGAAGUAAUUUUCCAAUAUUUGCUAUUCGAGAUCCCAUUCUAACCCCCAGUAUGAUCCAUGCCCAAAAGAGGCAUCCAGCAACCUUUCUUCCAAACAGCGACAUGCAAUGGGACUUUUUCACUUCGAGACCGGAAACAACUUAUUUGUUACUUUAUACGUUCUCCGACAAGGGAACUCCUGAUGGAUACAGAUUUAUGGACGGUUUUGGAGUUAAUACGUUCAAACUGAUUAAUGCCAGCGGCCAUCACGUUUAUUCUAAAUUUCAUUAUUUAUCAGAUCAGGGUUUGAGAAACUUAACGGCAAGGAGAGCUCAAGAACUUACAGCCGAAGAUCCCGAAUAUGCUAUAAGAGAUUUGUAUAAUGCAAUUGGAUCCAGUAAUUAUCCAUCAUGGACAUUGUACAUUCAAGUAAUGACCGACGAGCAGGCAAGGAAUAGUAGUUUUAAUCCAUUCGACGCCACAAAGAUAUGGCCCGAAGAUAUAUAUCCUUUAAUUCAAGUAGGCCGAUUAACAUUGAAUGAAAAUCCUACGAAUUUUUUCCAAGAUGUCGAGCAAAUGGCCCUGUCUCCAUCAAAUUUGGUGCCUGGAAUCAAACCUUCGCCCGAUAGAAUUUUACAAGGAAGACUGUUUUCUUAUCCAGAUACUCAAAGAUACAGAUUAGGACCCAACUUUCUUCAAAUUCCUGUCAACUGUCCGCUUUACGUCCGAAAUUAUCAGAGAGACGGUCCAAUGUCUUACAAUAAUCAGGGAAAUAAUACGGUUUAUCAUCCGAAUUCAGUAGAUUCGUUAAACGUUAGUCAAAGGGCAGCAGCAUUAAGUCCACCGUACUCCGUUAGUGGUGACGUCUCCAGGUACGACAAUGGAGACGAAGAUAAUUUUUCUCAAGCUAAAGACUUUUACGAAAAUGUAUUAGAUGAGGCGCAAAGGGAUAAUUUACUUGAAAAUUUGGCAAAUGCCAUUGCCACUGCAUCUGAUGACCUCCAAAAUCGGGCAGUUGACAUGUUCACUAACGUUUCUGAAGACAUGCGGUAUCAACUUCAAGCAUUGCUAGGGAUUUGGUAGAACCUUUCCGUCCCAGAUUUUCCCCAUUCGUUUUAAAUGUUCACUUAAGGUUUUACAAAACAUUUUCAAAUGCAAUUAAAUCAUAUACCAUUUGUAACAUAGUCUGGUGAUGUAAAACAAGACAAUUUUUAAAUUUUUGGAUUUUUCUGCACCCUAUAAUUAGUAUUUUUAGUCGUUUUAAAAAAAUUUAAUCCCUAUGAAAUUAAAUUGGCACUUUUGUAAAACAAUAUUUCGUUUAGUGUUUGAGAUAAGGAGUCGUUUUUUAAUCUGCAUCUUCUUUCUCAAAUAUAUCUUAAUAAGCAACGUUCACAUAUUUGUUUGUCAAUAAAAAUUAGACCACACCAA